AUUUUAUUGUUAGAUUCGUCGGUCCCGCAGAGAGAUUCGAAGCUCAACCAAUAUAACAUCCCACAGAAAUACCACCAAACCAUGGCGAACGACGGACAGCCGCCCGUCUGCGGCCUGGAUGGAAAUCCCGACCUCACCGGUCUGGGGCUCCGCACCGCUUUCUACAUCCAAUCCAUCACAUUUGCCGUGGCUGGGGAAUUCCUCGAUGCCGAGGCGGCAUUCCUGCAUAGUUCGGCCAUGGGCCUCUUGCUGGCCAUCCUGGUAGCCUUGGUUCGGGAAACCAUCAUGGGCUCCCUCCGCGCGCCAGAGGUGGCUGUCAUCAUGUGGCUAUUUUCAAUUCAGGUGGUCGCCUCCUCGAGGACUACCAAGAAAUUCCUGCCCGUUCCUGGGCAGCCGGUGCCCACGGAGUCAUUAGUCAGACUUCGGGUUCAGUAUGCAUUCGUCUUUGCCUUUGUUGGAUACGCUACCUGGUUCUGGUUCCGGGGACUCGACACCUUACCGCGGACUGCGUGCGUGGAGUACGGCUUCUUUUUCGCCAAGGUCGACGUCCGGGGUUGGUUUCGUACCCUAAACAAGGUCGUCUGGGGCAUUGUGUGCGGCGUAUUCGGCCUGUACAUCUGUUUUCUCAUCAUCGUUUGGUGUAUUUACAUGUUCCAAAAAACCUACGCGGCGCUCAGAGGGCGGACGCAGUGUAAUGCCGCGCCUGUGCCGGACCGCUUGGACAACGACGAUGUAGCACUAUACAACUCCUUCUUUCCCGAAUCCCGGGCCAACCUGCCCGCAGUCAUCCAACACUUACCGCCGGUCAAAAGAGUCGCUGUCUCAUCCACGGUUUUAGCCGCAUCAGCAAUGCGUGCCACAUUCUUUCUCUCGUUGAUGGUACCCUCGGUUGAACUGCAGAUCCACUGGAAUGAGAUACGCGGUGUUCAGUCUUUGGACUCGGUAGGCCAGCUGGUCCCGCUCAUCAUGGCGCUGGGCCAGUUCGUCCACGUGGUAUACAGCAUGAUACGCGGGAAGGACUACGUGGACUACAGGAUACGGAAGAAAGCCACAGACCUAGGCAAACCCCCGGCAUGUCCUAAGAGAGGCGUUCCUCUAGACCAAGAGCAGCAUGAGUUGAUAGAGUCCAUCGAAGAUCCGGAAUCCGCCGAAGCCGUUGUCGCAAGAGAGUCAAUCGACACUCGCUUAACUGCAGAUUAAUUGGGCAUUUCGUUGUUUUAUUGUUAGACGACUUAGGGAGGAGGAGCCAGAGCAGGAGCUAACAUGCUUUUCUUUCAAAGGCACUAUGGCGUUUCCAGGGAUGAGCAUGACAAGGGCAAUCCUACUGUUGUAGAGAGACAAAC